GGGCGGGUCAUGCCUUCGCGAAAUAUUUUGGCCUCCCGGCUCUCCGUAGUGGCGGUAUAUUGGUUGCAGGCGGAUCACAAAACAAAAACAGCUUCAGAAACUUGUCAGUUAUUAGUUUAUCUCUACCGGCGUUGCCAUGGAGGAGGUGACCCGCCUCGUCUCGACAGGAGACUGUGUGAAGAUCUGGGAUGCGGUUUCCAUGGCGCCGCUGGAGCAGUUUAACCCCCACAGCAGCAGCCAUCCUGUGGCCCAGGCCUGCUGGAGCUCCAACAACCAGUACCUGGUGAGUGCCAGCAGCAGCGGAGACAAGCUGGUGCUGUCCAGCCUCAAAUCCACUCCGGUUGCAGCCAUGGAACUGGGCGAGGGGAAAAAGCAGACGCGCGUGUGUCUGAGUUCGUCGUCUCAGUUUCUGGUCAGCGGCGGUCUGGAUCACGGCGUUCACAUCUGGGACCUGAAGACCAAGAGACUGCACCGCUCCCUCAAGGAUCAUAAAGAAGAGGUGACCUGCGUGUCGUUUAAUGCCAACGACAGCUACGUGGCGUCUGGCUCCACCAGCGGAGACCUGGUCCUCCACAGUCUGACCACCAACCUGUCCAGCAAAGCCUUCGGACACGGUGGCAACCAGCCCGUCCACGACUUGCGGAUGUCCCCGCUGAAGCGCUCCCUGCUGGGCAGCGUUUCUGACAGCGGCACCGUGGUCCUGUGGGACGCCAACACCCAGAAGGCCUUGCAUGUGUUCGACGGCGCCCAUAAAGCGCCGGGCUGCGGCCUGGCCUUCUCCCCUGCCAGCGAGCUCCUGGUGGUCAGCGUCGGUCUGGACAAGAAGAUCGUCUGCUACGACACGGCCAGCAAGAUUGUCCUGAGGUCGAUCCGGGUGGACAGCCCGCUGACGGCGGUAGACUUCACUCCGGACGGUACCGGCCUGGUGGUCGGAUCCACUCAAGGGAAGAUCUACCACUACGACCUGAGGAACUCCAGCGCCCCCAUCCGGAUCACUGCGGCGCACAAAACCUCCGUCACCUGCCUGCGUUUCCAGGGCAACAGCAGCAAACACAAGUCCAAAUUGGGCUCCACAAAGAUUGCCAGUGCUAAGAGAUCUUCAACCAAGCUGUCAAACAGCCAGUCAGACUCCGCCCCCUGCACAGGCCCCGCCCCCCACAGACAGGUGACAGGUACAGCAGGGGGCGCCGCUACGGAGGUGAUGUCCCGGGAGGCUGAAGGCCAGCAGGGGAAGGAGCCGCUUCCUGUCGCCGAGAAGUUCAUCAGCGUGGGGCGAAACAGUCUGGACGUUUUCUCUCCCGCUCGGGAAGACUCUCGGACCACGGCAGCAAACGCAGACACACCGUUUGGAAGAACACACGUUACCAGUUUGGAGAUGCUGUCCAGAGAAGGGGAGGGUCAGCCGUUGAUCGGCCGGGCCAGUCUGGACGUCUUCUCCCCCGUCAGAGACGACUCUCAUUCAGGCGCCACCGUGCACCGUAAGACCCCUCUGGGAACGCCGCUGACGGCCGCCGGACGCUGCUACAGCCCGCUGUCCGUCUUCCAGACUCCUCCCCCAAUCAGAGAGGAGGAGCCAAUCCCCGCUGCCAAACCAAACGACUACAGAAAGGCCAGCAGCUCCAGUCUGGAGGGGGAGCCUCAGACUCCGCCCACAGCCUCCCAGACGACCAAUCACAUUCAGCCGCCUCCGCCCUUCUUCACCCCAGAGCUGAGCCUCAGGAGAGCCAAUGGGAUUCAAGCUCAGCUGAGCUAUGAGUCACCUUUCCAGGCGGCUCCGCCCACCUCCACCUCAGGUCCAGCUCUGUGUGCGGCCGUCUCCUCCUCUCUCUCCCAGAACAUCUCUGAGGUUGUGGGCCAGGCCGGUGCUGCUCCACUCACCUCGCUGCAGAUCCACUUCAUCCAGAACAUGAUCCACGAGACUCUGGAGGAGUUCAGGGACGCCUGCCACCGAGACAUCGUCAACCUGCAGGUGGAGAUGGUCCGACAGUUUUACAUCCAGCUGAACGAGAUCCACGGUCUGAUCGAGAAGUACUCGGUCAACGAGUCUCUGGUGGAGGAGGUGGAGAAGCUACGGGAGGAGAACAGGCGCCUGAAGACCAACUACUGACGCCGUCUCGCCAUCCUCCGAGACCGUUAACGGUCAGAAUAACGUCAACGCUCUGCUGCGUCUGAACUGCCGGCCGCUCUGAUGUUUGUGUGUUAAGUGUGAUAAGUGUGAGAAAAUGUCUUUUUAUAACACAUUAGUUCACACUUUCAGACGGACAUGUUGUCCCAUUACCUAGCGCUGUUGUGCCUGAAAUCACGUUUUUAUUAAUAAGAAAGAUUUUGUGUAAAGAAUAAAAAAGAAUUCAUAU